AUGGCGAAAUCAAAAGUAAAUGCUGAAUGGAAAAAAAGGGUCAAGUCAGAAUAUUUAAGGUUGAGGCAACAAAAAAGAUACAAAAGAGCCGAUGAAGUUAAAGUUGCAUGGAAUAGUAAUAGAACUGCAUUAAAUCAUAAUUUAUCGUUAGAAGAGAAACGUUGGUUGGAAAGUAAAAAUUAUUGGGUUUGCAUGAAAAACCCUCCUCCUCAUGCUGAUUCCAUGAAGAGAGCUGAAAUUCAAAUUUCAGAUGGGGAAACAAUUAGUUUCCCCAUUAAAACUAUAUAUGCUGUCACCCCUAUUCCAACUAUGUAUACCUGGGCUCCUAUUCAACAAAAUUUUAUGGUUGAAGAUGAGACAGUACUUCAUAAUAUUCCUUACAUGGGAGAUGAAGUACUGGAACAUGAUGGAACUUUUAUUGAAGAACUGAUUAAAAAUUACGAUGGAAAGGUUCAUGGAGAUAGAGAAACUGGUUUCAUUGAUGAUCAAAUAUUUUUAGAAUUGGUUAACACUUUAAUUCAAUAUCAAGACAAAGACCUAAUUGAUAAAGAUACAGAAAAAGAUAAAGAGAAAGAUGUAGAAAAAGAAAAAGAUAAAAGAGACACAAAGAAAGCAUUUCCAGUUUUUGAAAUUUUUCAAGCGAUAGCCCUCAUGUUUCCCGAUAAGGGAAGUCCAGAAGAACUUAGAGAUAAAUAUAUUGAAUUGUCAGAAAGAUUAGAUCCCAAUGCAGUACCACCUGAAUGCACUCCUAAUAUUGAUGGUCCUGUAGCUGAAAAUGUCCCAAGAGAACAAACAAUGCAUUCAUUUCACACUUUAUUUUGCAGGAGGUGUUUCAAAUAUGAUUGCUUUCUUCAUCGUUUACAGGCUUGCCAUCCAGGCCCGAAUCUUCAAAAACGUAAACCUCCUGAUUUGGGGCCAUUUGAUCAACCUUGUAGCCCUGAUUGUUACAUGCUCAUGGAAGGAAUGAAAGAAAAACUAGCAGCAGCUGCAGUAACAAGAGAUAAAGAAACUGGAAUAACUGAAGAAAAUGAAUCUGGAAACAAACCGAGGAGAGUUAAAAAACAAACCUCUGUCGACUCAGGAAAUGAAGCUAGUUCGGAAGAUAGUAAUGAUAGUAAUAGAUUUCACAAAGAUUUUAAAACCAGCGGCAAAACAUCUCCAAACAUUAUGAAUAUGAACCAAGAAGGAACGAGCACAGGUCCAUUUUCUCUCUUGGGAUUAAUACCUAGCAAUCAAGCAGAAGAAUGGACAGGAUCCGAUCAGUCCCUGUUUAGAGCAUUACACAAAAUCUUUUUAAACAAUUAUUGCGCUAUUAAAGACUGCAUGCUGACAAAAACCUGCAGACAAAUCUAUGAAUUUGCUCAAAAAGAAGCAGCAGAAUUACUUCCGGCUGAAAGUAUGAAAGAUUACACCCCACCGAGAAAGAAAAAAAAGAAGCAUAGAUUAUGGUCCGUUCACUGCAGGAAAAUUCAACUUAAAAAAGAUUCCAGCAGCAAUCACGUUUAUAAUUUUACUCCUUGCGAUCAUCCUAAUCUUUCUUGCGACGCCAUGUGUCCCUGCAUCGGAGCUCAAAAUUUCUGUGAAAAAUUUUGCCAGUGCAGUUCGGAUUGUCAGAAUCGAUUUCCCGGAUGUCGGUGCAAAGCUCAAUGUAAUACGAAACAAUGUCCCUGUUAUUUGGCCGUACGGGAAUGCGAUCCGGAUUUAUGUCAAACUUGCGGAGCCGAUCAAUUUCAAAUAGCAAACAUAUCAUGCAAAAAUGUCAGCGUUCAAAGAGGCCUACAUAAACAUUUAUUGAUGGCACCCUCGGAUGUUGCCGGUUGGGGUAUAUUUUUAAAGGAAAGCGCUCAAAAGAAUGAAUUCAUAUCUGAAUAUUGCGGAGAAAUAAUAUCGCAAGAUGAAGCCGACAGAAGAGGAAAAGUUUACGAUAAAUACAUGUGCAGUUUUUUAUUCAAUUUAAACAACGAUUUUGUAGUGGAUGCGACACGAAAGGGUAAUAAAAUUCGAUUUGCCAAUCAUUCUAUAAAUCCAAAUUGCUACGCCAAAGUAAUGAUGGUUAACGGAGAUCACAGAAUUGGAAUAUUUGCCAAAAGAGCCAUACAACCUGGAGAAGAACUUUUUUUCGAUUAUCGUUACGGACCAACGGAACAAUUAAAAUUUGUUGGAAUCGAAAGAGAAAUGGAAUUUUUGUGA